AUGCGCCCCUUGAAAGAAUCUGAAGUUGCAGACGCGAAUCUACCAAUUAGGUUGCAGGGGCCACUAAAUGCUACUGGUAUUGGUCGCGUUGAAGUGUUUUAUGACGGACAGUGGGGCACAAUCUGUGAUGAUGGCUGGGGAUUUGAUGAUGCUGGGGUUGUGUGCCGUCAGCUUGGUUUUUCAGAUGCCGUCAAAGAACUCCAAGCGGGCGGUGUUCCAACUGGUUCUGGGCCUAUUUGGUUGGAUGAAGUCGCCUGUACUGGAGAAGAACGAAAUAUAGCAAUGUGUUACCACAACGGUUUGGGAAAUCAAGAUUGCUCACAUUCUGAAGACGCCGGAGUAAUAUGUAGGAGUACAGAUAGUUGGGAUCAAUCGUUAGCACUGAGGUUACAAGGCCAAUUGAGUGCCAAUGGAACAGGUCGCGUUGAAGUGUUCUACAGAGGACAAUGGGGGACAAUCUGUGAUGAUGAAUGGGAUAUAAUAGAUGCUACUGUUGUAUGUCGUCAACUUGGGUAUGCGUUUGCAGUCAGAUCUAUUCCUGGGGGAGAGGUUCUUCCUGGCACUGGACCUGUUAUGUUAUCUAAAGUCCGUUGCACCGGCCAAGAACAGGAUAUAAGAAGUUGUCCUCACAAUGGAUGGGGAAAUAAUGACUGCUUACACUCUAAAGACGCCGGAGUAGAAUGUAGUGCAACAGUUGUUACUAAGCCUGCGAUACUGAGAUUACAAGGUCCUGGGAAUGCACGUGGAAUAGGUCGUGUAGAGGUAUUCCACAAUGGAGAAUGGGGAACAAUCUGCGAUGAUGGAUGGGAUAUGAAUGCCGCCAAGGUUGUAUGUCGCCAACUUGGAUAUUCAGGUGCUUUAAGAUAUCUCCAAGGCGGUCAGGUUCCAUAUGGUUUUGGACCCAUAUUUUUAGACGAAGUCUCGUGUGAUGGAACAGAACAAAGUUUAGCAAAUUGUUCUCAUCGAGGAUGGCGAGUGCAUGAUUGCAGUCAUUCCGAAGACGCUGGUGUGGAAUGUUUUAGAGAAGAUUCAUCAACGUAUGGAUCAAUUAGGUUACAAGGCCCAUUAAGUGCAAAUGGAACAGGUCGUGUUGAAGUAUUUCAUAAUCGACUAUGGGGGACAAUUUGUGAUGAUGGAUGGGAUAUCAAAGAUGCCAGAGUUGUAUGUCGUCAACUUGGUUAUCCAGAUGCAGUGAGAUCUCUUGGUGCGGGCUUGGUUCCUCCAGGAUCUUUUGGACCUGUUUGGUUAGCUCACGUCAACUGUACAGGUAGAGAACAAAAUCUAACAAGCUGUUCCUACGCUAGAUGGGGUAAUACUGGUUGCUCACACUCUGAAGACGCUGGAGUAGAAUGUAGUACAACAGUUCGUCCAAAGGAUGGAUUACUUAGGUUACGAGGACCUUCGAGUGCAUACGGAAAUGGUCGUGUUGAAGUAUUCUACAAUGGCCAGUGGGGCACAAUCUGUGAUGAUAGAUGGGAUAUUGAAGAUGCUAGAGUUGCAUGUCGCCAGCUUGGCUAUUCAGAUGCUCUUAAAGCUCUUCAGGGCGGCCGAGUUCCAUCUGGUUCUGGACCAAUACUGUUGGAUGAAGUCUCGUGUACUGAAAUAGAAAGAAAUUUAACAAGUUGUUCUCAUCAAGGAUGGGGAAUUCACGAUUGCAGCCAUUCUGAAGACGCUGGUGUUGAAUGCAUUACAAAAGCUAUUUCAGAUAAAGAUGGAUCAUUGAGGUUACAAGGGCCAUCGAGUGCAAAUGGUAGAGGUCGUGUUGAAGUUUUCUACAAUGGACAAUGGGGAACAAUCUGCGAUGAUGAAUGGGAUAUAAAUGAUGCCAGGGUUGCUUGUCGUCAGCUUGGUUAUUCAGAUGCUGUUAAAUCGCUUUCGGAAGACAAGGUUCCUUCUGGU